CAAGAGGCGUUUGUUUCUAACACUGUGAGAGCCCGCCGGUGUAUCACACCCCCCUCACUCUCACUCUGCUGCUCUCUCAUCCGCCGGGCUGAGGGACCGAAGCAGCCUCAGAGAGAAACAGCGAGGAGGGGAGAGGAAGCGGAGCGACAGAGAUGGCGAGCAUCAACAUGGGGCCGAUACCGCUGCUGCUGGGGCUCGCGUGGGUCCUUUUGGCCGUCCUAACGGUUAAUGUCCGAUGUCUAAACGGCGACGAGGACCAGAGCCAGGACACCGAAUGCAAGAUGAAGAGCGUCACCGUGUCUGCGCUGCCGUUUUUGAGGGAAAACGACCUGAGCAUCAUGCACAGUCCGUCGGCCUCCGAGCCCAAACUGCUGUUCUCCGUUAGAAACGAUUUUCCCGGAGACGUCGUGGUGGUGGACGACCUGGAAAACACCGAGCUCCCCUUUUUCGUCUUAGAGAUCUCUGGGAACUCAGAGGACAUCCCUCUGGUGCGCUGGAGGCAGCAGUGGCUGGAGAAUGGCACUCUGCUUUUCCACAUCCACCACCAGGAUGGCAGCCUUAACCUCCCUGAGCCAACUGAAGACCCUGCGAACGAUUCUGCAAAGGAGGAGCUCCGCAUCCUGCACAUCUCUGUCAUGGGCGGGAUGAUCGCCCUUCUGCUGUCCAUCCUGUGCCUAGUCCUGAUCCUCUACACCCGCAGGCGCUGGUGUAAACGCCGCCGUAUCCCUCAGCCCCAGAAGAGCGCCAGCGCUGAGGCAGCUAAUGAGAUCCACUACAUCCCCUCAGUGCUGAUGGGAGGCCAGGCCCGAGAGAGUCUGAGGAACUCCCGGGGUCAAGGGCCGAACUCCAGCGGAACCCUCAGCAUCCGCGAGACACCGAUUCUGGAUGGGUAUGAGUAUGACAUUACUGACCUACGUCACCAUCUGCAGCGGGAAUGUAUGAAUGGUGGCGAGGAAUUUGCCAGCCAAGUCACCCGUACCCUGGACUCCCUCCAGGGCUGUAAUGACAAGAAUAAUAUGGACCUCGCACCUGUGAGUGACAACACCAAACUGGCUCUAAUGAACAAAUACAAGGACAACAUCAUUGCCACGAGUCCCAUCGACAGCAACCAUCAGCAGAACACCCUUCUUCCACACAACACCUCCACCAGCCAACGCAAACGUCUCUCCAGCAACACCCGUGCGGGUUCAACUUUCUUGAACCCAGACGGGGACUCUGGGACGGAGGCAGACAGCGAGCCUCAGCUGGCCUUUUACACCGACCCAAACCGCAGUCGCCGCCGGAGUCGAGGUAUGAGAAAUGGUAACGCCAACAGCGCGUGGGGCUCAGGGGCAGGUUCCCCACGGAGCCCCAUCAAUAAGACCACCCUGACUCUGAUCAGUGUCAUCAGCUGUGUGAUCGGCCUGGUUUACUCCUCUCACCUCUCCUGCAGCCUCUCAGUCCGGGUAAUCCUACAUGUGCCGGAGCACCUCAUCGCUGACGGAUCAAGAUUCAUUUUGCUGCAGGGGAGCCAGUUGGAUGCCUCAGACUGGCUGAACCCGGCCCAGAUCUUGUUGUAUUACCAGCAGAAUGCCAGCGGUCCCUGGGUCAGUGAGCUGUGUGGACGACGUCUCUUGGACCCCUGUGAGCACCAGUGUGACCAAGAGACCGGAGAAUGCCUUUGCCUAGACGGCUACAUGAAGGACCCAGUCCACAAGCACCUCUGCAUCCGCAGCGAGUGGGGGCCCAAUCAGGGUCCCUGGCCUUACACCAUCUUCCAACGUGGUUUUGAUCUUGUGAUGGGAGAACAACCCUCUGAUCGCAUUUUCAGGUUCACAUACACCUUAGGAGAGGGAAUGUGGUUGCCAUUGAGUAAAAGCUUUGUUAUCCCCCCUGCUGAGCUCGCUAUCAACCCUUCAGCCAAGUGCAAGACGGACAUGACAGUCAUGGAGGAUGCGGUGGACGUACGGGAGGAGUUGAUGAUCAGCUCAUCCUUUGACUCUCUGGAGGUUCUACUGGAUUCUUUUGGACCUGUCAGAGACUGCACCAAAGACAAUGGAGGCUGCAGCCGUAACUUUCGCUGCAUAUCUGACCGAAAGCUGGACUCUACCGGAUGUGUGUGCCCUCCAGGUUUGAGUCCUAUGAAGGAUGGCACCGGAUGCUACGACCACCACAUCGGCAUUGACUGCUCUGACGGUUUCAAUGGAGGAUGUGAGCAGCUGUGUCUCCAGCAGCUGGCCCCUCUAGAGGAUGACCCAACACUCUACAACAUCCAGAUGUUCUGUGGGUGCAUUGAGGACUACAAGCGUGGUCCAGAUGGGAGGUCAUGCCUGCCGCUGUCUGAAGCCUGCACUGAGGGAAUCGACUGUGGGGAGGCAGUGGACAUCCCUGCUAACCAGACCGUGUUUGGGGACCUUUUCUACGGAUACAACAACCACACCAAAGAGAGCACCUCCGGACAGAUCCUCAAGGCCACAUUCAGGCAGAAGAACUUUGCCCGAGGCAUUGAGCAGCAGCUCCCAGAUGGCAUGGUGGUGGCAUCGGUGCCAACAGAGGUUCAGUGCCACGAGGAGCUGUCGGACCCUGUGCCCGACCCAGAAUACCUCACAGGUAUGGUGAACUACAGCGAGGUGUCUGGCUACCCCCUUGUUCAGCACUGGAGUCUUCGUUCUGUUCUGUACCAUGUCAAACUCAAUCAGUGGGUCCUAUCUCAAGCAUUCAGCUCUGCUAUCCAUUCUCUGGACGGGGCCACGCAGCGGAGUGACUUUGUCUCCAUCCUCAGAGAAUUUGGGAACCACUACGUGCAAGAGGCAGUGUAUGGCUUCCAGGAGUCCUGUACCAUCUGGUACCCCAACAAGCAGGUCCAGAGACAGCUGUGGCUGGAGUACCAGGAUAUUAGCAAAGGUAACUCACCAUCAGAGGAGUCAGAAGAGCGUGACAAGGAGCCCAGGACGCUGACCUAUCCUGCAUACAUCGCCAGUCUGCUGGACACAGGGGCAAAGCGUAUGGCGGCCGGGGUCCGUAUGGACUGUACCAGCCAGGGCCAGUGCCCACGCUCCUGCCACCUCUGCCACAUGAGUCCAAGGGCGGCACAAGGACGGCAGCAGUCUGAGCCUGUCCUGCUGCAGAUUACUAAAGCUGCACCCAUCUAUGAAUUAGUGUCUAACAAUGAGACAUACCAGGCUCUUCAGGAGGCGAUGAUGAGCAUGCUGUGGUGUUCAGGGAAGGGAGAUGUUAUCGAUGACUGGUGUCGGUGUGAUUCCAGUGCUUUUGGUACAGACGGGCUGCCCACCUGUGCCCCACUUCCCCAACCCAUGCUGAAAUUGUCUUACACCUACGAGCCCAGCAGCUCAUUGGUCAUCAUGGAGUGGAACCACACUGAGCCACCAAUCGGUGUCCGGAUUGUUGAUUACCUCAUUAGCCAGGAGAAGGUGACAGAGAGGACUGACCACUCCAAAGUUGAAACAGAAACUCUUCUAAGCUUUGUGGAUGAUAUCUUGUCCGGGGCCAGGUCUCCAUGUGUGAUGUUAGGGGACAUCCCCAAUCUCCUCUCCACCUCAGUCAGUAUGAUCAUUCGCUGCCUGGAGCCUGACACCACAUACAUGUUCCGGCUGUGGGCAGUAGACAACACAGGUCGUCGUUCCAGUCCAAGUGAGGUCACCAUCAAAACUCCAUGUCCAACUGUGGAUGACGUCAAAGCACAAGAAAUAGCCGAUAAGAUCUAUAACCUGUUCAAUGGCUACACCAGUGGGAAGGAGCAGCAGACGGCCUACAACACUCUGAUGGACCUGGGUGCUCCCACACUGCACCGUGUGCUAUACCAUUACAACCAACGCUACGAGAGCUUCGGAGAGUUCACCUGGAGGUGUGAAGAUGAGCUAGGACCCAGGAAGGCCAGCCUCAUCCUCUCCCAGUUAGACGAACUGUCCCCUUGGUGUAAGGGUCUUCUCCAGGAGCCGAAGAUUGGCCUUCGCAGGAUGUCUCUCAAAUUCCUGUCCUGCCGGUACACUGACACCAAGGCUUUUGGGCUGAACUGGUCGGACAUGGGUCAGGAUGUACACAAGGCCUGUGACGAGCAGACACUCACUGUCAUGUAUAAUGACUACGGUGAGCCCAAGGAGCUCUAAAGGUAUUCUAAGGUUUCAGUUUUGAUGUGCAGGAAUAUGGGAGAUUUGUCAAACCCAACAAAGAAGCAAAUAAAAUGCAGGUUUUACAUUUAUUUCCAUAAGAUACAUACAUGCAUUUAUGGUGUCAUAAGAAAAUUCUGAAUAUUAUUUGAGAUAUCAUUACUCUGUUAUGCUUACCACAUUAUUGAUAAAUGUAUUCAAAAGUCUAAUCACUUAUCAUUUGCAGUAAUAAGUGAAGAUCAAUGCAAAGGUGACACAUUCUGCACAAUGACACAGUAAAAGCCCUCCUUGCUUAAUGCCUCAUCAAUUCUAAAUGGUCCAUCUUCAUUGCUGUAUAGGACUGCACAAUAGUAAAACAUAUUUUCUUUGUUACACGUCAAAAGUGUAUUGACUAAAGCACCAUUUCGAGUCUGAAGUAAGAAAGCAAAGAAAGGUUUAACUGUGAGGCACCUGCACAUGAUGGAAUUGUUUACUUCCACAAAGGCUUAACAUGUUGUUUAAUUGAGGCUCUAGUCUCUGUAUGGAUAUAUAUAUUUAUCAUCUGCAUUUAGUGUGAAACGUUCAUUGUAAAGGACAAAUGAAUACCUCUGACCAAGCAUGGCAAAAUAUUACAUAUGUAGGAGCUUUCAAGUCUUUCAUCAAUAAAACUUAAGGCUUCUUGGAGCACACCCCCAGCCCACAGAGCCAUGGUAUUUUUACAAUGUGAGUUGCAUGAUAUAUACAUCUCAAAAUUAAAACUAGUGCACACAGGGAAAAAGGGGGGGGGGGAUAUAAAGUAUUCUACAUUAUGUUUUGUGUUCAACUGUGUCAUCAAAUGCAUAUAUCUUAGUGGAACCAAACAUAAGAACAUGCAUUCUAUUUCAGUUUAUUUCUUUGUUGGACUAAACAAUCUCAGCCAUUUUUGAUACUGAAAGAGAGCACUUUUUUUCUUUCUUUCUUUUUUACCCUUUGCCGCAAAACUCUAACAUUUUAAUUGUGUCGCUUCGAUUGGAAAGUGAUUUCAUUUACCUUCCUCAUAGUCAGUCAGUCAAAUGUUAAAAGGUCAGACCUGGGACAUAAAGGGUUACACAUCAGCUCUUGUGUGCCUCUUUAAAUCCAAAAUGGAUGUUAACACUAUAAAAGGAAACUCUUGAUGUCAAACAAGUGAUCAAAAAAAAACAAAACAAAAAAAAACAUAGUGAUAGUGAUUUUGUAGUCAUCCCACAACCAUCCUUCUUAGCCUUGAAUCAGUGCUUUGUUUCUUUGAAAGUUUACAUGAAAAAUGGAACAAUUUUACAGUUAUUAACUCAUUGUAGCUUCAGUUUCUCUGUUACAUUCCAACCACUGUUAAAUCUUUCAGUGGUUCACAGCUUGUGGUGCUUGUCGUCCGCAUUUAUCAUGAACACCUACAACACACUCAGCAGCUGAACACUGGGGCUAAACCUCAGCUAACUUUUCAAGCUGUUUUUCGGUAUCUGCUGCUUAAAUGCAUGGAGUCACAUUUAUACAUGAAGACUUGCAGUUUUCAACUAUCACCUCUCUUGUGACAUAUUUUAAAUGAAGUCAGCCUCAUGAACUAGUACUCACAAACCUGGUUUUGUUUUUUGUCAUUGAGACACAUUGAAACACUGAUGAAGAGAAAGAUAUAUAAGGAAUUGUCAGGUAGCGACAGCAAAGCCAAUAUUUACAAAGUUAUCCAUGUUUCUAUGAGAAAGGUGAGGUAGCAUGUGAGCAGCUUUAGCUAAAGAGAUUUACUAGAGAUAAAACUAUGAAGAUAACAGGAUGGUUGUCUGGGAGUUAUUUUAGUAGUGCAGACAUUCAAGAUGAAUCUUGUAUAUAACAUUAUCAAAGUUUUAGUGAUAUAACCUGAAUGUAGUUCUGAUAGUCUGCAUUUGUAAAGGAAGCUGUUACGAAGGAGUUUGACUAAAUGACAGGCAUCAGAGCACGGUUCAUUAUGUUCACAUGUUCAGUUAAACCUGCCAAAAAUGAUUUGACAGUAUUUUAUCAUUUUGCAGUUUUCACAUUAAACCUAAUAUAACCAAUGAACUCUGUUAAAAGUGAUCAUUCUAUAUUGAAUCUGCAAAUUAACAGCAUCUUAAUGUUUUCAACUGGCUUCUAUGUUUUAACUUCAUGCAAUAAUGUGACCAAUAAUGUUUCCAGUAAUACCAUGUGUUUAUUGUGAGUAUAUUUUUCACUUUUACUGGACUUAAUUUGUCAUGUUACUCUGUUAUUUUAUUACUGUGCAGUGGCCAUUUUGGAGAUUGAUGUCAAAGAAAUGCAAAUGCAUAUUGGUUGUUGAUUUUUUUUAAACAAAUCCCAUAUGUGAAUACUAAAAUAAACGCUUGUAGAUUUUUGUAUAGGCAGCAAAGUAUUUCAUAAAUGCAUUACAUUCUAGCACAGCACUGUGUUUUAAUCCUGUAUAUAAAUGUACAACAGGUGAUAUUUUACAACAUUUACGUGUGCUUUAGUAGAUACAAUAUUGUAUUGUAAUAUCUGCUGUGUAGCUUAGUCUUUAAAAUCAGAUCAAUCCACUGAUUCCAGUUUUAAAGUAAAGAGCAAGAGGGUUUUCGUUUCCUUGAUCUGAUUGUGAUUUAAAGAUGCUGUUCACUGGUUUAAACUGGACUGAAGGUUUGUCAUGAACUGUAAGUGAUUGGCUAUGAUUAAAUUUGAUCUAACAAAAUAACAAGGUAAAAUAACAAUCUUUUUGAAUGGAACUUGACUGAAUAGGAGACAUCCUGAGAAAAAUGUCCAUCUACUAUUUGCAUGAUAUUAUUCUGUCUAUACUGUAUGUGGCAUCAUAAACUUUUUCACUUCAAUCUUUGCUACUUCAAAGAACAAUAAAGAAUAUAUUAUGAAAAGUGAC